UGGUAUUAACUCAUUGUGGAUAGAAAUGUGGAAAUUAGCGCCCGCUCUCUUAGAAGCGGCCGCAACCAGAAAUCAAAGUCAUGGCACAACUCCUGUGUUUUAUGACAGUCGCCGCAAUCCAUAUCAAUUGCCACAAUUUCAUCAGUCAGUGCAUCACAGUAGUGUACAGACAUCACCCGGACAACUAUCAUCACCACUAACACAGUGUGUCUGGACAUUCUUCUGGUUAGCCGUCAUGUUGUUCAUAGCCCUACCAAUAGGUCUCAUCUCAUGCCAACUGUAUAGUUUCAAUACGUAA